ACAGAGUGAGACUCUGUCUCAAAAAAAAAAAAAAAAAAAAGAAAAGAGGUUAUUUCUUUAACAUACAUAGAGCUCUUAGAAAGUCAGAGAAAAUAAUAACCUUAAAAUAAAAAUGGGCAAAAAUAUAUGAUCAGAGUUCACGUAUUUCAAAGAGUUCAUGAUCAUGUAGUUCAAAGAAAAUAAAUGAGUGUUGUCUGCCCUUUAAACAUUUGAUAUGUUCAACCUCAUUCAUAGUAAGAGAAAUACAAAUUAAAACCACAAUGACAUAUUGUUUUUCAUCUACCAGAAUGGCAAGUUCCAAAAGUUUGAGUAUGCUCUCUGUUAGGGAGACUAUGGGGAAAUAAACACACUCCUAUGUUGUUGGAGGGAAUGUCAAAUGGUACAACUUCUAUGGAGGGCAAUUUAGCAAUAUCAAAAUUACAAAUGUAGGAGGUGCCCGCGGUCUGAAGUCAGAAGAGGCAGGAAUCGCAGGUGCUUCCAGCUAUCAAGGCAGUGACUCUGCAUUGUCCACCCUCCUCUGCUCACUCCUGCCUACUGCCACCAGCAAGAGAUAUCAUGCCUAAGGAUCAGGAGAGUCCACAAUGCAGACAUGAUCAGCGCAUUCAGACCCAGAGUGAGACCCAGAGUGAGACCCUGGAAAUAGCCCAGGUGUCCAAGGCUGUGGAGGAGACCUCUCCCUCCUCCCCCAAUCCGCUCAUGCCAGGCAACCUGAAGGAGGCUCCUGCUGCUAAGAUGCUGAGCACUCCUGAGGGUCCUCAGGAUUCCUGCUCCUCUGCCAUUGCUGUCGCAGCCACCUCAUCAAGCAAACCUGAUGAGGGCUCCAGUAACGAAGAAGAGGAAAAAAGUCCAAGCACCUCACAGGCUACAGCAGCCCCCAAGAAUGCGCCCAUCGAUGCUGUUGAUGAGAAAGUGGCUCUUCUGGUCAAUUUCAUGCUGUUCAAAUAUCAAAUGAAAGAGCCAAUAACAAAGGCAGAGAUGUUGAAGAUUAUCAUGCCAGAUGAUGAAGAGCACUUCCUUGAGUUCCCUGAGCACCUCCCGAGAGCCUCUCUGCACAUGGAGGUAAUCUUCUGCCUUGAUGUGAAGGAAGUAGACCCCACCAGCCACCGCUAUGGCUUCUUCAUCAAGCUGGGCCUCACCUAUGAUGGGAUGCUGAGUGGUGAAAAGGGGGUGCCCAAGACCAGCCUCCUGAUCCUGAUCCUGGGAGCAAUCUUCAUGAGGGGCAACCGUGCCACUGAAGAGCAAGUCUGGGAAGUGCUCAGUGUGAUGCGGCUAUAUUCGGGGAGGAAGCACUUGGUCUUUGGAGAGCCCAGGGAGUUCAUCACCAAAGAGCUGGUGAAGGGAAAGUAUCUGGAGUAUCGCCAGGUGCCCAACAGUGAUCCUGCACAGUAUGAGUUCUUGUGGGGCCCAAGAGCCCAUGCUGAAACCAUGAAGAUGAAACUCCUGGAGUUUCUGGCCAAGGUUCAUGGGACUGACCCAAGUUCUUUCCCUUCUCAGUAUGAGGAGGCUCUACGAGAUGAAGCAGAGAGAGCUCAAGCGAGAGGUUCAGUUAGUGCUGGCUUUACUCCCACGGCCACUGCGAGUUCCAGUGCCAUGUCUGGCAGCUCCUCCCACACCUAGUGAAGUCAGGGAUAGAUUCUUCAUCCCUUUGAAGAGGGCAAUUAGUGUUCAAGGAACGCAGGCCCAGGGUGGAGCUGGAGGGAAUCAUCUAUGUGUUCCUAUUUGUAUGUGUAACUUUACAAGUUGUUCUUUUAUUUUUGAUGCGUGUGUUAUAUGAAUGUUACUUCUUUUAAUAGAGCAUCAAUUAUCUUCAAAAUCUUCGAGUUUCAAAUGAUUUUGAUCCCACAUCUAAUGCUGUUCAUGAGGUUCGAUAAUAAGAACUCCUCUUCUGUAAAACAUAGUGUAAAACCAUCCAUUUUAUUUUGUGAUCUGGUAUAAGAUAACAUGGCAUUUCUAUAGGCAUUUCCUCUGAAAGAUGGAGGAAUUCAGCUUUAGAAGAGUUGGGCUCAACAGUGAGAACUAGAAAAAAAAAAACAAAGAUCUCAAUUGUAUUCAGUUCUUGUCUUUUAUCUUUUUAGUCUUUUUUUCUGUAACAUUCAAUGAUAUUUGCAUCCAUUUGCUUAGCUCUUUCCAUAGUGUAUGAGAAAUAAAUCUUAAUAAAUUCUAAAAAAAAAAAUUACAAAUGUAUAUAUCCUUUUAUGCAACAAUUUCACUAGAAGUGAAAUUUAUCCUACAAAUAUACUUGUACACAUAUGAAAUGACAU